AUGGAGGUUAGAUCAGAGGGUAUACGUUUGAGGUUUUGGUUUGUUCGUUUGUGUUCAAGCAUUGUGCUUUGGAUUUGUUUGGUUCAGUUAGUAACAGUGAGUGAACUAUGGCAUUCGCAUUUGAUUUCUGGGAUUACUAGUGGUAUAUAUAACAUUGCUCAAAUUCAGCUUCCGGUACAACAGAAAUAUGGUGUUGAUCAUUUGCCUCCUGUUUUUAUUCCUCCAAGAAAUUAUACAAGUAAUGGCUUUCUAAGAGUUUCCUGCAAUGGUGGCUUGAAUCAAAUGCGUGCUGCGAUAUGUGACAUGGUGACAAUUGCUCGAUUGUUGAAUCUCACAUUGGUCGUGCCUGAGCUUGAUAAGACAUCGUUCUGGGCAGACCCUAGUAAUUUUGAAGACAUUUUUGAUGUGAAACAUUUCAUUAAUUCUUUGAGAGAUCAAGUUCGAAUAGUGAAAAGAGUUCCUAAAAAGUUUAGUAGUAAAUAUGGACAUACUAGCCUGGAGAUGCCUCCUGUUAGCUGGUCGAACGAAAAAUAUUACUUGGAGCAGAUUCUGCCACUUUUUAGAAAGCAUAAGGUGUUACACUUCAACAAAACUGAUACGCGUCUAGCUAAUAACGGUCUCCCACUUGAUCUUCAGAAACUCAGGUGCCGUGUCAAUUACCAGGCGAUUAAAUUCACUCCUCAAAUUGAGAAUUUGGGGCGCAGAUUGAUUCAGAUGCUUCAUGAGAAGGGACCUUUUGUGGCAUUGCAUCUUAGAUAUGAGAUGGAUAUGUUGGCUUUCUCGGGUUGUACUCAGGGCUGCACGGAUAAAGAAGCCGAGGAGCUCAAAAGAAUGAGGUAUGCGUUCCCUUGGUGGAGAGAAAAGGAGAUAGUUUCUGAAGAUAGGAGAUCACAGGGUCUAUGUCCUCUGACACCCGAGGAGGCGGCCUUAGUUCUUCAAGCCCUAGGUUUUGGUAGGGAGACACAGAUUUACAUUGCAGCUGGCGAGAUUUAUGGUGGCGAACGUAGGCUUGCACAACUAAGAGCAGCAUUUCCUCAACUUGUGAAAAAGGAAAUGUUGCUAGAUCGUGAUGAUUUACAGUAUUUCCAGAACCAUUCAUCUCAGAUGGCAGCCUUGGAUUUUAUGGUUUCAGUUGCGAGUAACACCUUUAUUCCUACUUACGACGGGAACAUGGCAAGACUCGUUGAAGGCCAUCGCAGGUAUUCCAAAUUCAGGAAAACGAUCUUGUUGGAUCGAAAAAAGCUCGUGGAAUUGGUUGACAUGCAUCAAAACGGAACCCUUAAAUGGAAAGAAUUCGCUGAUAAUGUGAAACAAGUUCAUGAAAAGAGAACUGUGAGGCCAACUCGGCGUACAGUUAUAAUCGACAGACCGAAAGAGGAGGACUAUUUCUAUGCCAACCCUCAUGAGUGUCUGUGUGAGGAAACAAAUUGUGAUGAGUUUCUAGGUAAUCACAACUCUAGUAGUCAAGUAGCAUGA